AAAUUGCCAUGGCGUGACGACUCAAUUCCUGAUACAGGAAGAUCUGACCAAAAUGCAGCUGUUCUCCUCGAGGAUGAAGACGCCAACAACACACCAGGUGAUGUUGGCGGCUUCGGAGCUGGGGCCAUACAUCCCAGGCAUCGGCCAGGCAUAUCACACCUCCGUGCUCAUUGACAACGAAGAGUACCAGUUUGAUGGCAGUGGCAUUUGCGUGAGUCGUGGCCUUUCAAGCCACCAGCGCUUUACACGUGGCCAUGAGUUGAUUUUCGUAGGACACACGCUUCAAAGCCCCAAGGCCAUGGUCGCACUGCUAGCGGCGCACUUCCAGCCUGGCAGCUACGAUCUUCUGCGAAAGAAUUGCAACUCAUUCUCUAGUUGCGCGCUGCAUUACUUGCUGGAAGCAUCGAUGGAUUCCAAGUACUCCUGCAUGGAAUCUAUGGUUCAGAAUGUGAACAACUACAUCAAUUUAGUUUCUUUGGUCAUGCCCGGGUAUCAGCCCAAUCCUUUCGCUGAAGGUUUCGACGUUGAGCUGGUGCGCCGCGACAUCACGCUACAAAAGCAUGUUCCACGAGGACCCAAGGAGAGGCAAAGCCGUGCUUGGAACCUCGUGCGGCGCUUGCGGAUGGCUGCCAGGAAAGCCAAGGCCGGCGGGGAAUUACUCCGCCAGGUCCUGUGUGGCUCCAAGACCUCGCCAGCAGAGCCUGAGUCAACCUGGAGCGCUGAGCUCUGAUGCCAGCACCACGAAUGACGACAAGGAGUGAGUAGAAGAUGGAUUUCCAGAGAUGUGUUUUUACCUCCGAAC